GACGUAUUUGUAAAAAUGGACGGCUUCGUUCAAAUUCGUUGAACAUGCUCCCUUCCUGUGGACUUUACUCUGGUAUAAUCAUUAAUACGCAGAGUAUUAGGGCCCUAACUAAUACACAGAAAGCUCAUUGAAGUUUUUAAUCAAAUUCAAACCCACAAUUCAUUUUGUGUUCGAUGUUAAUCCAGUUAAUAGAGCGACAUCGAUGUGUAGUGCUGAGAUGUCCAGCGGGUUGGGACACGGCCCAACGGCGCCACUGUUUGAAAUCUCUGGGUUGUUGUUCCGUGUUUGUUGUGUAGAGUCAAAGUUUUCGACACAUUUCCCCGGAUAAAAUUAAUCACAAACCCAUUUGUGGGCAGCCAUGGGUGUUCAGGAUUUGUGGUCUAUCGUCGAACCUGUUCGUGAGUCGGUGCCGCUUUACAGUCUGACUGGAAAGACUCUGGCAGUGGACCUGAGUUUAUGGGUGUGCGAGGCCCAGCAUGUCCAGGCAAUGAUGGGGAGAGUAACCAAGCCCCACCUGAGAAAUUUAUUUUUCAGGGUGUCAUCCCUCACCCUCAUGGGGGUAAAGCUGGUCUUUGUGAUGGAAGGUGAAGCCCCCAAGAUUAAAGCAGAAACCAUGAACAAGAGGACAGAAACAAGAUAUGGAGGAUUCAAAAAGGCUCCUGCGUCCAAACCUAAACCCUCAAGAAACCCCAGCAGAGGGCGCUUUAAUGCUGUGCUGAGAGAGUGUGCAGAGAUGUUGGACAAUAUGGGUAUGCCGUGGUUGACAGCAGCUGGAGAGGCUGAGGCCAUGUGUGCCUACCUGGACUCUCAGGGUCUGGUGGAUGGCUGCAUCACUAAUGAUGGAGAUGCAUUCUUGUAUGGAGCACAGACUGUGUACAGGAACUUCAACAUGAACAGUAAAGACCCCCAGGUUGAGUGUUACAGGACCUCCAGGAUACAAACAGAGUUACACCUCUCCAGAGAGAACCUUGUUGGUCUAGCCAUCCUCCUCGGCUGUGAUUAUAUUCCCAAAGGGAUAUUAGGUGUUGGUAAAGAGCAUGCGCUGAGGCUUAUCCAGAUGCUGAAAGGACAAUCACUUCUGCAGAGGUUCAUCCAGUGGAAGGAGGAGAAUACAGAGGUGUUUGAGGGAGUUGUGAAGAAGGUCGCUCACUGCCACAUAUGUCGACAUCCUGGUUCAGCAAAAGCACAUGAGCGAGGCGGCUGCCUGCUUUGUAACAGUAAACACUUCUGUCAACCUCAGGACUUUGACUACCAGUGUCCCUGUGACUGGCAUCGCAAUGAACAGACCCGCCAGGCCUUGUCUCUAGAGACAAAUAUCAGGAAAAAAACUCUGGCAAGCCAAAAAUUCCCUUUCACAGAGAUCAUUCAAGAGUUUCUAAUCUCCAAGGAUAAGCCUGUGUCACAUUUCAAGAGGAGGCAGCCAAACAUGCUCUUAAUGCAGAAAUUUGCCCUCCAAAAGAUGGAGUGGCCGAAGCACUACACCAGUGAGAAGGUUUUAGUCUUGAUGACCUAUGCAGAGCUGAUGAACAGAAAGUAUGGGAGAGAAUCCUCCUCCCAAAUCAAGCCUCUCAGAAUUUUAAAACCAAGAGUGAGGAGUUCAGUUGCCUGCUUUGAGAUCAUCUGGAGCACACCAGAUCAUUUCGUGUUUCCUGAGGAUCGGCCUGCAGACGAUCAACACGAGGUGAGGACGGUGGAGGAAGAGUCUCUAUUCUGCGUGGCCUUCCCUGAGGUGGUGGAAAAAUACCUGAGAGACAAAGCUCAGGCUGAAGAGAACAAGACCAAGAAGAGGAAGCCUAGGAGCAAAAAGGAGAAGCCAGCUGCCGUCUCUGAUGGUAUUUCGGACCUCUUGGCUCAGAUGACUCUCCAGAGUUCCUCCAACUCUCCUCCACAAACGCUACCCCCUGUCAGUUCCAACCCAGAGGAAGCAGAAAUGCUGGUUUUGGACACUCCAGUAAAACAUGAUCAGCAACAAAAGUCAAUAGACGGCCACAGCGCCAUGAUUGAUUUAACCCAAACUCCUGUUUCUCAUGCUGAACCAGAGGCUGCUGCUUCUCCUUCCGUCUCUGUGCUUAUUGACGCUCUACACCUGAGCGAUAUAAACUGGGACGCCACGUCCUUCACGUCCUCUCCGACUCCACAAUCGGCUGCAAACCACAAGACAGAGCCUGAGCCAAGCAAAACCACAGACGGAAAUGUGAAGGAGGAGGAGAAGAGCCAGAACAACAAUAGUGAUGUCAAAGAAACUGAGUUCAGAUCUGCUCCAGACUCGAGCUACACAGAGUGUUCUCUCAGGGAGAGGCUUUUAAUGAGGAACAUCGCUAAAGAGUUAGCCCCUCUGAAGCAUGUUUCUUCUUUUAUCUCUAAAUCCAAUGGACAGAUCACCAGCAAAGAAAGCAACAACAGUAAAAUACCCAGGAAGGAAUCUGUUGUUUACAAAAAGGAGCCGCUUACUGCAUCAAACAAGACUGAAACAGAAACCCACAACUCAAAAGAGCAGCUGGUUUCCACCGUACAAACUCAAAUUAGGACAAAAGACUCAUGUAAUGUCUCCCUAAAGCCUCCUCAGAAGUAUAAAUUUGUCAAAAAAGCUGCUUCAUCAUCAGCUGUUCAAAAACAGAGGUGCCAGUCUGACCUCAGUGAAAGGGACAAGGACAAGGGCAUGCCAGAAACCACAAAGAAGAGUGUGUGCAUGCGUGUGUGCUCAUCCAGCGAGGACAGUGAUGCAGAGAACCAGAAGUCUGGACCUCAAAGAAAAUCCAAGAUCAAGACUGUGAACAAGAUUAUGAGCUGGGCCCUCUCUGACGUCUCCCUGAAACCUGUUUCUGGACCCAAAACAGCCAAAACAGCUCACAGCGUCUAUUCAUCGCUAAUACCAAAACCCAGGAGCCACAGUGUAGACACUGAAAUAAACAACCAACCUUUGCCAGCAAGAAGCAAAUGUCCGCUUGUAUCUCCAGUUAACGUGGAUGCUGAUAUUUUCUCUCCAUCUCCGGCUUCACCUGCUGCUCUGUCAGAAAGUGAUGACUCGGUUAUUUGUAAUGAAAGUCCGCUGCCACUCGCUGAGAGGCUGAGACUGAAAUUUCUGAAGUAAGCUGCAUGAUGACAAAAACCUGAGGAGUUUUGUGUCUGGCUGUAAAGGCUUAUUCUUAACACUGGAAGCAAAGAAUAAUGAGCUGAAAACUAACUCUAGAUUUCUACAGAGGACCCAAACCUGAAAAAUUAUGAAGUGUUGUUUUUCCAACAAAUGUGCCACCUGUGAAUGUCUCUGUUUCUCAAGCAUAUCAUUUCUGCUUUUCUGUGUUUUAAUAUUAAAAUAAAUAGAAUGUCUUUGUGCGUUGGACUGUUCAUCAAACAAAUAUAAGAUGACAUUAGUUCAGUUUUCCAUUUUGGUUAUAACUCUUUCCCAAUGAUUUUAAGCUGGUCUUAGAUUUUCUUGGUGGAAA